CGGGGCUAUACGUGCGCGAGAGAGCGUGGGGUCGGCGUCAGACACUAUUGCGUGAGACACCAUUGCGACGGAGACCGAGGCGCGGCGGGUGACUACUUUCUUAAACUUCAUUUCGUUUUUACUAGCAAGAAGAGAGUCCUCUUUCCGUGCCUAGCACAGCCAUGGCUCGUGGUCCCAAGAAGCACCUGAAGCGUGUAGCAGCUCCAAAGCAUUGGAUGCUGGAUAAACUGACCGGGGUAUUUGCUCCUCGUCCAUCUACCGGUCCCCACAAGCUGAGAGAAUGUCUCCCUCUCAUCAUUUUCCUAAGAAACAGACUUAAGUAUGCCCUAACAGGAGAUGAAGUAAAGAAGAUCUGCAUGCAGCGGUUCAUUAAGAUCGAUGGCAAGGUCCGAACCGAUAUAACCUACCCUGCUGGCUUUAUGGAUGUCAUCAGCAUUGAUAAGACAGGAGAGAAUUUCCGUCUGGUCUAUGACACCAAGGGUCGCUUUGCUGUUCAUCGUAUAACACCUGAGGAGGCCAAGUACAAGCUGUGCAAAGUGCGGAAGAUCUUUGUGGGCACCAAGGGAAUCCCUCAUCUGGUGACCCAUGAUGCUCCUACCAUCCGCUACCCUGAUCCCCUCAUCAAGGUGAACGACACCAUUCAGAUUGAUUUGGAAUCUGGCAAAAUUACCGGUUUCAUCAAGUUUGACACAGGUAACCUGUGUAUGAUCACCGGAGGUGCCAACCUGGGAAGAAUUGGUGUGAUCACCAACAGAGAGAAACACCCUGGUUCUUUUGACGUAGUUCAUGUCAAAGAUACCAAUGGCAAUAGCUUUGCCACCCGGCUCUCCAAUAUUUUUGUUAUCGGCAAAGGCAACAAAACAUGGAUUUCCCUUCCCCGUGGAAAGGGUAUUCGCCUCACCAUUGCUGAAGAGAGCGACAAGAGACUGGUGGCCAAACAGUUGGUGAAAUGAGCUGAGGUGACAUGAUUAGAAGAGUGUUUGUACUUAAUUAAAGAUAAUGCAGCA